AUGAAGACAAAUCACAUGUACUUUUAUGCCGCCGCAUCUCUAGCAAGAGUGGCGCUGGCGUCGGAAUCACAACAACCCUUGAUUGGAAAUGUAGUCCAUGACGUGAAAUCCCCAAGUGUGGACUUGGACAAAAUUAUCGAUGAAUCUCCUCUCUUAUCAUUCCACAGAGACAUUGUGCAAAUUCCAUCAAUCAGUGAACACGAGAAAAGCGUUGGAAACUUCAUCUUGGACUUCAUCCGCUCACACAACCUAACCGUCGAGAAACAAAUUGUUACUCCGGGGAGCGACACCGAGCAAGAAAGAUUCAACAUUUAUGCCUACACUGGGAAAGACAGAUUCCCCGAUAUUCUGCUCACCAGCCACAUCGAUACUGUCCCACCUUUCAUCCCUUACUCGCUUCAUCCACCAGCCUCAGAUAACACAGAGAAUCUGAAAUUCAAUCGAUCAGACCUGAUUAUCGCUGGCCGCGGCACGGUGGAUGCCAAAGCCAGUGUCGCAGCCAUACUAUUUGCUGCACUGGAAACACUGGAUGCCAAUCCCGAUGCCUCAAUCGGGUUAUUGUUUGAUGUUGGCGAAGAGAAAAGUGGCGUUGGAAUGAAACAUUUCUCAAACUCCGAUCUCAACCCAGCACCACCUACCUUCCACGCAGUCAUAUUCGGAGAGCCGACAGAGCUCAAGCUUGUCGCGGGACACAAAGGUACUCUUGGAUUCAAGAUUGUCGCUGAAGGAAAAGCCGCGCAUUCAGGAUACCCGUGGCUCGGGAAAAGCGCGAUAUCCGCGCUUCUUCCUGUUUUAUCUUACCUCGAUACCUUGCAAGAUGUCCCGCCGGAAAAAGGUGGACUUCUCCGAAGUGAGAAGUUUGGUCAAUCGACAUUAAAUAUUGGAGUUGUGCGCGCUGGUUUAGCUGGUAAUGUCGUCCCUGCAUAUGCCGAGGCGACGAUUUCCGUUCGUCUUGCGGCUGGAAGUCCAGAUGAUACGAGAGAGAUUGUGAGGAAGGCGGUCGAAGAUGUGACUGGUGGUGAUGGAAGUGUAUAUCCUGACUUUGGGGACAUCGAGAACGGCGCUCCGCCCCAACAUCUUGAUGUUGACGUCGACGGGUUUGACGUGAUUACUGUAAACUACGGGACUGAUAUUCCUUCCUUGAAGAUCAGCACUCAAGGAGGUCCAAAAGUGAAGCGGUAUCUCUACGGGCCGGGUAGUAUCCAUGUUGCCCAUGGUGAUGAUGAGGCAAUCAACGUGGGAGAACUUGAAGAGGCGGUGCGAGGAUACAAAAGGUUGAUCUCGGCCGCGCUGGGUGCACACUAG